AUGCAAAAAAGUUGGACUGUUGGAUCGUAUUUUUAUCUCGUAAUUACACUGUUGUUCUAUACGAUACAAGUUUCGACCAAUCCGUUGAAUUCGUCUACCCACUUGCUAAAAAGAUACUAUGAGACUGACUUGACUCAAGACGUCCCCGCACCUGUGGAUAUUCCUACGAACAUGGUACAGUGCGGAGGAUCUAUGAAAUUUUCGAGCUUUCAACUUCAGCUCACACCUUCAACCACACCCGGUAUUUCUCCCGUUCCUAGCAGCUCAUUGACAAAGAACCUCCCGUACUUGUACAACGUUCCAAUAAUAACCGGCGCGGGUGCUAUAUUGAUCAUCGCAGUGCUACAAGCGAGCAACAUUAUGCAAGCCAAAGCGACGACAUCACAUUUUCAACAUACAGACUCUAAGGAGUUGAGCCAUGAGCAAGCGGCUAUUCUGAUAACACCUCCAUUGGCAGCACAGUCGCCAUCUAUAUAUGAUGUAUUUCGUGCCGUUCAAUUUCUUGUGACCACCGCUUUGCUUUCUAUACCUUGUCUGUUAAAUAGUCUAAAUUUAAACUUUAGUUAUCGAGGUGUGGCGUCUAAACUUGCAUGGACUUGUGGUAUACCACCACAAAGUUUUCAUGCUGGGUUUAUAUCAAACGCUGCAGAUAACAAAAUACGAGAAGGAAUAUGUCAUAUAUCGGAAAGCCAAUAUUUGAGUUCGGUCCCACCGUCUUCUGGGUUUACAGAUUUUGGCGCGGCAGUGGGAAUCCCGGGAAACGACUUGUUUUUUAUGGUAUUAAUCAUAUUUUGCUUUGCACUGUUGGCUGCGCUUGUUGUCGCAUUAUUGGUUGGAUCAUUGGCACGGUUACUCAAGUCUUUAUGGGAGAAAUGGUCCAUCCUGAAAACUGCUGCGCAGAAUAUCCACUUUUUAAUACUUGUAAUCUCUAUCGGAACAGUGUCAGUUUGUAUCCGCAGAAUUAUCAAUGACAUGCGUCACAAUCGGGAAGCAUUUGAAUCGCCAGUUCACAAAAUCGUAUUGGGCGCGUUUUACACUCAAUAUCGAGACAGUUCAGAGUCACAACCGACCCGAAUUUGGUUCUUCGUGAUUACGAUUGGUUAUGACUUUAUUAGAGCUAUCGUCAUUGGAGCAGGGAGGAGAAACGGUCUCGUGCAAGGCCUUUUCUUGCUUAUUACCGAAUUAUUUUAUUUCUUUUCGCUAGUGCUUUACAAGCCUUAUAUCACGGAUUUGAUGAACAAGUUAAAUAUAAGCAUUUCGUUUUUGAAGUCUACCGUUGUUAUUUUACUACUUCCGUAUUCAAACGUUUGUACGAGUACGGCUCUUCAAAGUGUUGCAUUUGCUUUGCAAACCAUCAUUAUGACAUUAUUAUUGGGAGUAAUGUUUGCCAAAUCGGCCAUGAUGGUCAAAGGUUAUGUCGACAAGAAGAAAAAUGAUAAUGAUAAUUCAACAGCAACAACGACUGCACCACCACCGCUUGAAUAA